AUGAUGCUUCCGAGUCCACUCACUACGACACCGUUUUCUGUCAAAGAUAUACUGAAUCUGGAGCAACAGUCGCAAGCAUUACAUCUCGAGUCCCGCGACGCGUACUAUCAGUGGGAAAUUCAAGAGCAGCACCAUUUUCAGUCGACUUCUUUGUGCAUGAUCGUGGCAGGGGAGAGCCCCGGCUUGUCGGAUGCAGAUGAAAGUAUGUCCUACUUGAAUUCGUUGCCCGAUCAGGAUAUCAGUCUUUCUUCAGCGGUUUACUUUCCCUCAGCGCUUGUUCACUCUACCGUCACCACUUCAGUGGCGGAGGUCGAAGAUCAGGAAACCAAGAACUGCAGUAUGGUUACAAAAUCUCAGGAGUGUGAAGACGGUGGACACUCUGACUCGGAGAGACCACAAAAACAGAGGAACCGGCGGAAACCGAGGGUUCUCUUCUCGCAGGCCCAAGUGUUUGAACUAGAGAGGCGCUUCAAGGAGCAAAGAUACCUGUCGGCGCCGGAGAGGGAACACUUGGCCAGUGCUUUGAAACUGACUUCCACACAGGUAAAAAUCUGGUUCCAAAACCGAAGAUACAAAUGUAAGCGACAGCGCCAGGACAAAACGCUGGACAUCUCAGGACAUCAACAUCCACCACCACCAAGACGGGUGGCUGUGCCAGUUUUGGUCCGAGACGGCAAACCCUGCUUGGGUGGAUCACAGAACUACAACUCACAUUAUACAAUGGGAGCAAAUCCUUACAACUACAGUGGUUACCCGGCAUAUACCUACAGCAGUCCGCCGUACAGCAACGGCUACAGCCGUACUUACUCCACUCUUUCCACUCUCCCUCCGACUACAGCCGCCAGCGCCUUCAUGAACAUGAACCUUAGUAAUAUUGCGAGUCUCGGUGCUUCAUCCCGGGCUCCAACACACCAAGGGACAAACGUGUCAGCGUGUCAAGGAACACUGCAUGGAAUUCGUGCAUGGUAG